GAAACGACUUUGUGGGAGGGGCAACGCAGUGAGAGGAACGUGCAUCAUCUGGGGCAAAGGAUAAUUUCUGUCGAACCAAACGGUUAUAUUUGUUAUUUAGCAAGCUAGCAAAGGUUGUAAAAUAGCUAGCAAGCUGUAACAUACACUCCUCUGUAGUAGCUUGGACAAGAGUUGCACAAAUGACAGAGCUACGGCACCGCGGAAAGACGGAAAACGACCUACAACAUCAACAAUCCGAAGACAAGGGAUCUGAGAAUGAGGGGAAAGCGGAGAAGGAUGGGGCGUCUGACAGUGAGAGCAAGCCUGAUACAGGGCACCCGGGGGUGCCUGUCCCUGCUGAUGACACCCCCGAGGUCCUCAACAAAGCCCUGUCUGGACUGUCCUCACGAUGGAAGAACUGGUGGGUGCGAGGGAUCCUGACUCUGGCCAUGAUCUCCUUCUUCUUCUUCAUCAUCUACCUGGGCCCCAUGGUGCUCAUGUUGAUUGUGCUGUGUGUGCAGAUCAAAUGCUUCCAAGAAAUUAUCCACAUCGGUUACAGUGUGUACCACUCCUACCACCUGCCCUGGUUCAGAACGUUGAGCUGGUACUUCCUACUGUGUGUGAACUAUUUCUUCUACGGAGAGACGGUGACGGACUACUUCUCUAAUCUGGUGCAGAGGGAGGAGCCGUUGCGCAUCCUUAGCAAAUACCACCGCCUCAUCUCCUUUGCCAUGUACCUCACUGGUUUCUGCAUGUUUGUGCUGAGCCUGGUGAAGAAACACUAUCGCCUGCAGUUCUACAUGUUUGGCUGGACUCACGUAACUCUGCUGAUCGUUGUGACCCAGUCCCACCUCAUCAUCCACAACCUGUUUGAGGGAAUGAUCUGGUUCAUCGUGCCCAUCUCCUGUGUGAUCUGCAAUGACAUCAUGGCCUACAUGUUUGGCUUCUUCUUUGGACGUACUCCACUCAUUAAGCUGUCUCCUAAGAAAACCUGGGAGGGCUUCAUUGGUGGAUUCUUUUCGACUGUUUUGUUUGGGAUCCUGUUGUCCUAUGUGAUGGCGGGCUACAGCUUCUUUGUGUGUCCGGUGGAGUUUAACAGCGACCAUAAUAGUUUCGAGGUGGACUGUGAACCCUCUGACCUGUUCCAGCUGCAGGACUAUGCCCUGCCUGCCGCCCUCGAGUCCCUCACUGGAUGGCCCACACUGCGCCUCUACCCAUUCCAGAUUCACAGCAUCUCCCUGUCUGCCUUUGCCUCCCUCAUGGGACCUUUCGGAGGCUUCUUUGCCAGCGGCUUUAAGAGGGCCUUCAAGAUCAAGGACUUUGCCAACACAAUUCCCGGUCACGGUGGCAUCAUGGACCGCUUCGACUGCCAGUACCUCAUGGCUACGUUCGUCAACGUCUACAUCGCCAGCUUCAUCAGGGGCCCUAACCCUGCCAAGGUGGUCCAGCAACUCCUAGCCCUGCGCCUGGACCAGCAGCUCCACAUCUUCAACUCCCUUAAGACCCACCUGACAGAGAGGGGUCUGCUGGAGGAGGAAGCCUAGUGCCCCCACGGUCAGGCCCAGGGCUGGGUCACCCUACUGGUGCCAGCCCCCUGGCACCAGAAAGCCCUGGAGGUGUGGUGCUUGUGGGAGAAAAUAACUCCAGCCUUUGGGUCAUUCCAUUUUGUGUGUGUACAUUAUGACAGUGUGUCCUCAGCUGUUUUCCUCCAGUGUUUCAGGUUGUCUGUGAGUUACUGUACCUGUUUAUUUAGUCAUGUCAGCCAUAUUAUCUACAACAGAGUGAUGCCACUUUGUGUACCACAAUGAGGUCAAAUGUACAUUUCCACAUGUAUACAGGAUAUUCUAUACCUUUAGUGUGUGUGAAUAUUUCUUGAUACAUAUAUAUUUUUUGUGUUUUAAUGCACUGCUCAACAUACUCACACUGUAUUGUCCUCAUCCUGUCACCAUGCCUGUUUUAUUUGCUUCAUUCAUUGUAAUAAUUGUUUGUAUUUAUAGUAUUGGUGGUUGAGUUUUUACAUUGGCAUCUUCCAUUAAAUCUGUGUUUUGUCUAUGUGCAUUUUA